GGGUGCCCACCAAGCCCUCCUGCUGUCCUCCACUACAGUAGAUUAGGCGGGCCUAUUAUUAACGCUUCCCUCAGCAAGAACACAUCCGCUCCUCUUCUUUAGGAACUUUCCCUUCUCUUCUCCUCAUCCUCCUUAAUUCACAGUGAAUUCUCUCUCUCUAUUUGCUUGUUUUCUCUCCUGCCUCGUCUCUUUACUGUCUGUCUAGCCCUGAUCCAGUCCGGGGAGUGCGAGGGAGUUGGAGGGCCUAGGUAGGAACAUGUGGCUCAGGGGCAAUGCGUUCCCUUUGUUGCUGCUGCUGCUGCAUCUUUGCCAGCUGGGGAGGGCAGUGGAGGUGAAAGGGCAGGAGAGGGGGUAUCUGCAGCAGGCUCUCAGGGCUUUGGGCCUGCCUCUGGGGACAGACGCCCAGCCUCAGCUCCACAGGAACCACACUGGUGUGCUGCUCACUGCGCUCCUCCACGCAGUGCGCUGCGCAGAGCGGAUUGGCACACCUCAGGAUGUCUGCGACAGGUGCUUGACACCAGAUGUAGCGCUGUCUGUGCUGGAGGAUGAUGGGAAGGUUUUCCUCACGGAAGAGGACUAUGAGCGGAUCUCCACUGUUCUGCUGUACUACAUCAUCAACAUGCAAGACUUGUGUGUGUCAAACGCUGCCUCCCCUUCCUCCUCCUUCUCCUCCUCCUCUUCAUCCCUGAACUACGAGUUUUACCUUUUAGCCCUCAGCAACCUGCACCCAAACGAGGACAACCGCUUUCUGUCGUCCAAUGAAACAGAGAGUAUUCUGCAGCUCAUCAACCAGCACUACACUCCUCCCAACCAAGACACCUCUUCCUCAUCUCAUCUACAAUGUAUUGAUGCCACUCAUCUCCUGGAGGACGUUAGUAUAAAGGAAAGCACGGGAGCUGAUGCGUCCUCUGUGUCCAGACUGGCAGCAGCCAUCAUCAGCCAUAUCCUGCAAGGCCACUGUUUCAGGAGGAGGAACCUACCCUCCCCUGACUUCUUCACUGAUUAUAUCUUCCAAUCCCUGAAUUGCACCAGUAACCUCCAGAUUAUGGAUUUAGAGGAGCUGCUUCAUCAAUUGGGAGUCGGAAGGGAAGGAGCUGCUCCCCCUCAUGGCAGGGAGAGGCGGAGCAUCACAGGGCGCGCUCAGACAGGUGCAGGCCACCACCUGGAUGGCUGCAUCAAAGAAAAUGGGGGCAAAAGCAGAGAUUGGGCACAGGUAUGUUUUUCGGCCAAUCAGCUGGUGGAUAUUUUUGCUCUGGAUCCUCAUUUGCCAAUUUCCAAGGAGCACUUCAGACAAAUUUGCCCAGCCAUAAUUCAGCAGUUGCUAGGCAAUGCCUGUGAGUCCACGGAGCAAAAAACAAGAGGAUCUCCACCCACUGCUCUUGAGAAGUACGGCUACAGCACGGCAGCUGUCAUGCUCAUCACGGUGGGCUCCAUGCUGGGUAUCUGCCUGAUCUUCUUCAACUCCUGUCAGGAAACCUACACCCUCAUCCUGCAGCUGUUUGUGGGCCUGGCAGUGGGCACCCUGUCAGGAGACGCCCUCCUGCACCUCAUACCGCAGAUCCUUGGCCUCCACGAUGCCAGUCACAGUCAUGACGAUGAGCACUUUACAGAGCGAAAGGAGUAUCUGUGGAAGAUUUUGGGCAUGAUCGCUGGGAUCUACGGCUUUUUCCUCAUUGAAAGAAUCUUCUCCUUUGUGGUUCCAUCUCACGGUCAUGGUCACUCCAGCGACCUUCCUCUGGAGCUCAACUGCAACGGCCAAUCACAGAGGGGCAAGUCGAUCUCCACCAUGCAGCUGGGGACUGUGGACGACUUGGACUGUACAGAAAUAUCUCCUGAGGAGCCAGACACGAGGGGCCCCUCACGUCAAAGACAAGGGGUUCCUCUGCUGGCGGUGAUGGUAAUUGUGGGAGACAGCCUUCAUAACUUUGCUGAUGGCCUGGUUGUGGGCGCUGCCUUCUCAUCAUCCGCAGAGACUGGCAUGGCGACAACGGUGGCCAUCCUGUGCCACGAAAUCCCGCAUGAGAUGGGAGACUUUGCCGUGUUGCUCAGCUCUGGACUCUCGGUGAAGACGGCCGUGCUAAUGAACUUCCUCAGUGCUUUGACUGCCUUCAUGGGCCUCUACAUCGGACUGUUUGUUUCCACGGAGACAGAGGUGCAGCAGUGGAUCUUCACUGUCACCGCUGGGAUUUUCCUCUACCUCUCACUGGUGGAAAUGCUGCCGGAGAUGAGUCGAGUGAAGACAGACCGACCGUGCCUCAUGUUGCUCCUGCAGAACCUCGGCCUCCUCAUGGGCUGGGCUUGUCUUUUGCUCCUCGCCCUCUUUGAACAUGAACUCAAGUUCUAAGCACAAACACACACACACACACACACAUGCAUGCAUUAGGGAUGGAACAGUUACUGGUUAUAACUAAUUCUAAAACAUCCAAUGGUCAGUUAUACACAUUUUCAAAAAGUCAUGUUUUUGUGUUACAUGCUGUGUAGCAUCAACCAAAAUCAUUCUCCUUUGUCCAGGUUGCUAAUAGCUUAAUGUCGACAGAAGCUUUCAGUCACUACUGCCAACUCUUCAAACACAGCGGGUGUGUUCUGGCACCUGAUGUGUCGUGUGUCUGAAGGCUUCGCUUGCCAACACACACGAUGACACAUUAGCUACAUUAGCUACGUUUCAAUAUACCGUAUUUCCUUCAUUUAAAUCCAGUUGUCACUGAAGUGGCUGUAAACCUGCUCUAGUUGGAGAGGCGCUAUGGGUAUGUCUUCUCAAGAGGAGCCCAUUUGUAUUUAUGUAAAUUGUACACUUACUUGUAUGUACUUCAUAGGCUGGCAUGUGGCAUUGGUUGUGUUAUUAUCUGAAUGCAAACAGUACAUAGUGCUGAUGAUUUAAGUUGUGAUUUGCGAUCCAAAACAUGGUGAAAUUAUUUCAGUGUGCAGUAGUAGUUAUUUAACUUUUUCAGCACAUUUUAAUUAUACCGCAAUAAUACCAAAAACCAUGAUAAAAUUGGUCACAGAAAUUGUGAUUUUGAAUUUUCAUGUCGGCCCAUCUCCAGCGUGCACGCACACGUGGCACAUCCAGUCCCACAGGGUUGAACGGAAACUGCUGAUGGUACUUUUGCUUUCAAGUGCUUUGAAAAUUUCAUUGGCUCAUUACUAUCUCAUGCUGUGCACAACUAUUUACUUAUGCAAGUAUAGUGUGUGCAACAACAAUGUUUUCACAAGUCAAAGACUGAGAGGAAUAUGGUAAGAAUGAUAAAGCUAUAUUUCAUGACAUCAUAGUCUCAGAAUUAGCUAUAUGAAUCCUCUUUUUUUAUAAGUGCUGAUUUAUUUUUGUACGGUAGGUUAUCAUAUGGUACUGUGCCUGUUCAAUGUUUGGCAUACCUACAUCUGGACACUGAAUGUCUAGUUUACACUCUUGAUGGUAUCAGGUACAAUUGUGCAUUAUUUGCUGUUCUGUGAAAUAUUUAUGUUGCCUUUGACAAUCAAAUCAUCUGAUUUUGAAGUCAUUUCUGUCCAGCAAAAUAUAAAGGAUUGUCAAUCUAUGUCCUCUACAUUGUAUGUAUUUUAUUGCCAAUAUUACUGUCUCCAACUGAUAGCAAUGGAUAGUAUAAAUAAAUAUGACCAUUCAGUUUACAA